AAAAUUCUAAUUUUGUAUAAUUUGAAAACAUGAAAGAAAUGUUAACAAAUCAAACUAGUUCAGGAUAUAGUAAUUCUUUCGUCAAUAAUAAUAAUGAAGAUACUAAUAGUAAUAAUAUUACCGAUAAUAAUACAAGGAGAUACGCUGUGCUCAGUACAGACUGGAUAUCUGUAAUUGGAGAAGAAUUGGGGAUGCAUCCCUUGCCAGAUUCUUUAUUAAAAGGACUUGCAGAGGAUGCCUCGUAUCGACUUAGAGAAGUUUUGCAUAAAUGUGUAACAAGAUUAAAACAUAGCAAAAGGAAACGUUUAACAUCUACAGAUGUAAAUGCCGUAAUUACCAAUUUAUGUGAUGCAGAUCCUAUAUUAGGUGCAUCAGAAUCUAUGCCGGAAUAUCAUACAGAAGCAAAAGUUUUUGUUCCUAGUGAACAUAUUGUUAAUUUGGUACAAAAGAUAAAUGACCCAUUUAACAUAUCACAGAGUAAUAUCCCCUUUAUUCAAGAAUCAGAGAUAUGCGAUGUGAGACUUACAGAAGCACGAAAUAAUUAUGCAAAACGCGCAUUGAAAACAUUAUUUAAUGGAUCUCAGAAAACAUUUCAAGUUUUAAUUAAUGAUUGUGCCACUAAUGCCCAUCUGAGUGGAGAAGGUGUAAUAGAUAAAUUAAUGUCUAUUGCCAGAUCUGUGGUAAUUUCAAAUAAUAUACAAUAUACAAGAGUAUCCACAAGAACAUGUCAGCUUAUUAUUGCAAUUGCAAGUAACAGUGAAGCUGUUUAUCCUUAUCACCUAACUUCGGUUGAUAAAUUAACUGAAUUGCUAUUGGAAUUACUUUUAGGACAGAGUUUUAUAAAUCCAAAUCUUGAAGUAUUAUUUAAAGAAUGUGCAUUAAAGCUGAUGCUUCGAUGGCCAUCCAUUGCUGACAAAUAUAUUCCUAUAUUGGAAAACGUGCUUUUAAAAGAAGAAAAAGCAAAUAUAGAUGGUGAUAAGAAAACCUUAAUGGCUAUGGAACUAUUAGCUAGUGUUCAGCCUUUAAUUCUCUUUCAACAAGAGUUAGAGUCUCCACUUUCGGUGCAUUCUUUUUUAAAAUUUGCACUACCUGGUUCUUUUUUGUGGCAAAAAAUAGCUCUUAUUAUUUGUGCUCUUAUAAAAUCACAAGCUCAUACUUUAGAUAUUGAAAGUUUUAUGGAAUUCUAUGGAGAUUCUUUAUUACCAUACUUACCACUUCGUUAUAAAAGCACAGUAAAUGUGUACAAAAAACCUACUCCUCUUCCUAUCACUAUUAAAAGUAAAAUAAAGUAUGUUAACGUUAGACCAGUAAUAAGCAACCGGCUAUUAUGGGAUCGGCAGACAGCUUUUCCCGAUUCUACAUUGCGAGGUCCACGACGGGAAAUAAGAUUUGCAUUCGCUGGUGGACGACCGGUACCUCCAAGUAAUUUAAGACGUGUUAGUUUAAGAGCAAAUUAUCAAAUUUUAAGAAGCGAACUCCAGGCUACACUUGCUCUUGUAGCAUCACGGAGACUAUUAGUUCUUAAAGAUAAAAAAAAAAUGCCUUUUGAUACUUACAAUCUAUUAUAUGGUUGUUUAUAAUUUAAAUAACAAUUCAGUGUACAGUUAGCUUUUAUUACAAGCGAAAUUAUUUUUUAAGAGGAAUUCAUUUUAUUUCAAAAUAAAUAUGUAGUAUCGCGGGAUAAUGAACUUGGAUUUGGCUCGAGCGUAUUAUCUGGAGUGCGUGCGAAAGGAUGAAUGAUCGUGCGUUAGGAUCGUGUGGACAGGAUGUUUAUGAAUAUAUCGGUUGCAAGUGAAGAGUGUGUCUCUAGGAAUGGAUCUAAGUGUUUGAACUACGUGACCCGUUAAGGGCAAGGCUGUAAGGAGUGCGUGAGAAAAGCGUGAUUGGGAAAGAAAGCAUGGGUAUGAAAGAGGAUAGAGGGUAUGGUUUUAAAUAAGGGUACAUGGGCGUGAAGUGGACAGUUAUGUUGGGACAGUUCUUGUGUAGAGUUUUUAGGAAGAGUGAUCAGAAGAGAGUUGUAUUUUAGUUGCAACGAGUCGAGUUGUAAUUGUGUUGUUAAGU